UUCAAUAAGAUAACAAAGUCAACGACUUAUUCUCGUCCUAAGCUCGGGCCUACUCGUAUCUCCUAUAAAUCUCGGGUUCACUCUUCUAUAUAUAUUUUUUUAAAUAUCUCUAUGUAUCUAUCGUAUAUAGAGUAAGUGAAUAGUCGCAUCGACCGCAGCAAGUGUGGUUUUCGUGAUAAGAAAAACAAACUCAAAUUAUUAGUGACUGUGCGAGUUGUGCUCGAGUAGGAAAAACGAUAAAAAUGAAAGCUCUAGAUUGGAGGAGUUUGAUAAGCAUUGCCAGUCGAGCGAGCGAAGAGGAAAAACGCCGAUUGCUCCUUGAUGGUAUAUAUCGUGUUGUCGAGAAUUGGCAGGGACCAUUACCAGAUCUUUUAGAGAUCUUUCGACCCGAAAAAAUCGAGUGUCUUCUCUCGUACGCCGUAACGGACCAAGAGGGCGACGAGGAGGCAAGAAUACGAUUCAUCAAGUUCGUGGUUGACUCCGGCUACAGAGACCAGCCCAAAAUUGGCCCAGACGGCCGGUACGUGUUGCAUCGAACCACACCGAUACAUCUCGUUUUACGCGCCAAAAUCGACAACUGGGAUGCAACUGCGACCAACAUGGUCCAGCUGCUAUUUGAAAUCUACAACAGAUUUGAUUUGAACUUUAUCGACGAAGCAGGAUUCACCCAUUUUCAGGCGGCUUGCUCUAUCCCUGAUGGACACCAACUCGUCUGGAAAAUGAUCAAUCGAAGGCAGAAUCCUAAUUCGCUCCUACGAUCAGCUCUGCUAAAUGCGAAGUGGGCCGUGGAGCUACUGAUAAGAGGCGCCGAUCCUACUUGGGUCGAUACCGAUGGAUCCACUGCUCUGCACACUAUUUGCCGGGAUAAUCGCUUGGACUUGCUGAAGUUAUUCUUCAAGAUCGUCGAUAAGCACAGAAAGGCAGUGCAGAUCAAUGUCCGUGACAGCUUGGGUAACACACCGCUGCACUUGGCUGUGAAGAACGGCUACUUAAAGACUUCUGAAAUACUGCUGACAAGAGGCGCCGAUCCGAACUCAGCCAACCAAGAAGGAUCGACACCUCUGCACAUUAUUUGCCGGGAUGGUCGCUCUAACUUGCUGAAGUUAUUUUUCAAGAUCGCCAACGCCAUCGGGUAUCCAGUGUGGGUCAAUGUCUCAGAUAAGGAGGGUAACACACCCCUGCACUUGACUAUAAGUCACAAAAGCAUGAAAAAUUCUGAGAUACUACUGGUAAACGGAGCCAAUCCGAAUUUGGCCGAUAAGAAUGGAUAUACUGCUCUGCACCUCAUUAGCAACACCAGACCCCACGCAGUGAUGCAGCAAUUCUUUGAGAUCGUCGACAAAAAGCAACAGACGGUGCAGAUCGAUGCUCGGGACAACAAAGGCUGGACACCAUUGCACAUGGUUGUGCAUUUGGGCAGCAGAAGUAAGUUUCAAUUGCUGCUGAGCAGGGGCGCUGAUCCAAAUGUCACCAAUCAGGAUGGACAGACUCCGCUGUCCUUGGCUUUGUUCAACGCAAACACGAAGAUGGCCGAUGAUCUUCUGUGGGCAGACGCUGAUCCGAAUUCGGCCGAUAAAGAGGGAUGGACUCCUCUGCACGUCAUCUGCGUUAAAUGCACUUGGUUUUUGGAAACGUUCUUCAGAAUCAACGCGGAAAGACAGCAACCAGUGGAGAUCAAUGCCAAGACCAUCGAUGGUAGAACACCAUUGAACUUGUUAAUGAAUCGCACCAACUACCAGGAAGCGUCGCGAUAUUUGGAGGCAUUAGGCGCCCGGCUUGACUAACAAUGAAAGAUUGACUACCAAUCUGUGAAUUAGCGACGAUAAACACGUCUGCCUUAUUUUUUGGGGUUUAGUGUUAUUU